GUCUUCCUCAGGACCUUUCAGCUCGUUGACUGCCCUCACCCGCGCUGCCUCAGGACCUUGUUCCCUUCCAGAGUCCGGAGGGUGGAGGGCCCCGUGGAGGAUGAGUUGGCCAGUUCUCAGUCGGGGCCCGGCAGUUUAAUGGCUAAGGGAGGCGGGGAUUCAAGGAGGGGGGGGGUGCCCUUUUAAUAGAGGAGAUGACGGCUGGAGAAACUCGCUCCUGGGCUUCCCGACCCCAGCGCCCCAGUUCUCUGUCCCUCUUACCGUUCCCCUCCCCCUCCACACCCAGAAAUAGCCCGCGACACCAGGCGGCCUCCGGCUUCCCCAGGGGCGAGGGAGGGCGCCGCCCGGGGAAGCAGGAGGGUCCCCUUUGAAUGCCUCUCGGAGGGAGGGCAUGGCACUGGCCUGGCAAAGAAGUGGACGCCCGGUCGUAGUGGGGAGCCGCCGGCUGACCCCCAGGCCGCGUGUAUUUUUAAUGUAUCUACUGGGAAAGCAGAGCACUGAGGGAGAUGGGGGCGCUGAGGUCGCUGAGGGUGGUGGCUGGUAGACCCCGGGCCCCACCACUAGCUCCUUUAGCUUUCUGUUUGAGAAGAGUUGGUGGUUCUGUGGCUCCUGCGCAGUCCAGGUGGGCUUCCACCCCUACCCUAUUUCAAUUCCUGUUUCCCUGUCUGGGCUCGAGCACUUCCUCACUGCCAAAGCAGCAGAAACUUUCACUGGAUGAUUUUAAGAUAAAGGGUCAUCAACGCUGGCAAAAGUCGGCACAAUGAGGACCAGGCUUGCUGUGAGGUGGUGUAUGUGGAAGGUCAGAGGAGUGUUUCAGGGGCGCCUAGGGAGCCUAGCCAAGGCCAGGGACUCUGCUUCUACUACUGGGGCCUGUUUGAUGGGCAUGCAGGGGGCGGAGCUGCCGAAAUGGCCUCCAGGUUCCUGCACCGCCACAUCCGGGAGCAGCUAAAGGACCUGGUAGAGAUACUCCAGGACCCCUCGCCACCGCCCCUCUGCCUCCCGUCUACCCCAGGAGCCCCAGGUUCCUCUGAUUCUUCUCACUUGGUUGGUCCUCAGUCCUGCUGGUCUUCACAGAAGGAAGUGACCCAUGAGAGCCUGGUAGUGGGGGCCAUAGAGAAUGCCUUCCAGUUCAUGGAUGAGCAGAUGGCCCGGGAGCGGCGUGGCCACCAAGUGGAGGGGGGCUGCUGUGCACUGGUUGUGGUCUACUUGCUAGGCAAGGUGUAUGUGGCCAAUGCAGGGGACAGCAGAGCCAUCAUUGUCCGGAAUGGUGAAAUCAUUCCCAUGUCCCGCGAGUUCACCCCGGAGACUGAGCGCCAGCGUCUUCAGCUGCUUGGCUUCCUGAAACCAGAGCUGCUAGGUGGUGAAUUCACCCACCUUGAGUUCCCCCGCAGAAUUCAGCCCAAGGAGCUGGGGCAGAGGAUGCUGUACCGGGACCAGAACAUGACCGGCUGGGCCUACAAAAAGAUCGAGCUGGAGGAUCUCAGGUUUCCUCUGGUCUGUGGGGAGGGCAAAAAGGCUCGAGUGAUGGCCACCAUUGGGGUGACCCGGGGCUUGGGAGACCACAACCUCAAGGUCUGCAGCUCCACUCUGCCCAUCAAGCCCUUCCUCUCCUGCUUCCCUGAGGUGCGAGUGUAUGACCUGAGGCAGUACGAGCAUUGCCCAGAUGACGUGCUAGUCCUGGGAACAGAUGGACUGUGGGAUGUGACCAGUGACUGGGAGGUAGCUGCCACUGUGGACAGGGUGCUGUCGGCCUAUGAGCCCAAUGACGCCAGCAGGUACACAGCUCUGGCCCAAGCUCUGGUCCUGGGGGCCCGGGGCAUCCCCAGGGACCGUGGCUGGCGUCUCCCCAACAACAAGCUGGGUUCCGGGGAUGACAUCUCGGUCUUCGUCAUCCCUCUAGGGGGGCCAGGCAGUUACUCCUGAGGGGCUCAGCCCCACCCCUCCCACCACCCUCCUAGCCUCUCCAUGCUUACCCUCUGCUGACCCAAACUCUGAACUUGUCUCCCUGACCUCCUUUACUGGUAACGUGACUGAAGAAGGGGUGUCAGAUCCAAAACUAAUAGGUAGUGGCAAAUAAACCAGAUGGAUAAAAAUGUGUGUCUUGGGGCACCUGGGUGGCUCAGUUGUUAAGUGUCUGCCUUUGGCUCAGGUCAUGAUC